GGGGCCUUCUCUAAAAUCUAAAAGCUCCAUAUUUCAAAAAGUUUUCUGCAAAUGCAAUGGCGUCUUCGAGGAAAUGGGCUCGUAUCAUAUCUCUUAUUGCUUCUAGGAUAUAUUUCCUUUUGAUUAUCUUUCAAAUUCCACUCUUCAGGAUCCCAUGUAGAAGUGGAAUAUGUAGGACACCUAUACAAGUGACAUGUUCACAAUUGAUUGCAAGUGAACUCCUUCCUAGAAUUGUGGUGAAGGCUCUACUAUAUCCAGGGGCAAUUGCGAAUGCUUUGUUUAAGAGCAAAACCAUCCCAAGCUAUAACAACUUGCUCGAGUUAUAUAAUUUGACCAAUAUGAAGGCAGCUCUUGCGACAUCAGAUCUCCAUCGCAUAGAGCUUCUUGCAGGGAGUUACUUAUCGGUUGCAGGAGCAAUUUUAGGUCUCAUAAAACCACGAAGGUUGAGCCUCUUCGGAACACUUCUUAUUCUAUGGGGCCUUGUUAGGGAAGCGAUGAGAAAAUCUGCUGACAGAUAUCUCAUGGAAGCCAUUUAUAUCUACCCAACAAUGCUGAUAGCUGUGGUUUUUGCCUUCUUGUCUAUAAGAAAGGAUGUUAGAAAGAUAGUUCGAAGCUACAAAGAUAAGAGACAUGCAAAUUAUUCAUGCAGCCAUUUAAAAGCAAAACAGGUAUGAACCAUUGUGUUAAAAAGAGACAAAAUUUAUGUAUAUGUGGGAGACAAAAUUUGACUUGUAGCAGCAAAAUAGAGAUGAUUUUUCAUUUUUUAUAUUUUUCGAAAAAAAGAAAGAUUAUUUUAUUUUAUUUU